AUGAAGCUCUUUGCUACUCUUCUCCUCCUGGCCGCCACUGCCACUGCGGCGCUCGCUGCUGUCCCUGCUCCCAAUGCUGGCUGCUCUCAACCGGGUCAGUACUGCAACGGCGGGACCUUUCUCUGCUGCAACAACCGACGAUGCAACAACAAUGUGUGCCAGUAA